AUGCCUCACUCAGACUCAUUAGAAAACGAUACCGGUUCAUUGCGACUUCUAUCUCUCGACGGUGGAGGAACUCGCGGUUUGUCAUCACUCAUCAUUCUCAGAAGCCUCAUGAAGAAAAUUGAUGCCGAAAAUCCACCAAAGCCAUGCGACUAUUUUCACUUGAUUGGAGGAACCAGCACUGGCGGGCUCAUCGCGUUGAUGCUAGGGCGGAUGAAGAUGGACGUUGACACUUGCAUCAAAAAAUACUUGACACUUGCUCCCGAAAUGUUCACACAAAAAAGACCCAUUUGGGACAAAUUCGGCAAAAUCAGUAAUCUCUGGCCAGUUCGCGCCCGUUAUAACGCAGAAAAGCUUGAACUUGGUUUCAAGCAUGCAGCAAUUGAGAGUGGAAUGGACAAGGAGGCCUUGCUCUUUGAAUCUUCUAGCACUUCAAGUUGCAAAGUUUUUGUGUGUGCUUACACGAAGUGGCUGUUCACGAAGUCGGCGAACAGCCACAUCCGACUGCGUUCCUAUGACACCGAUGUCUCAGUCAGCUCAUUUUCAACGUCAAAAUGCAAGAUAUGGGAGGCUGCACGAGCCACAUCGGCAGCAGCCACACUGGUUGACCCGAUCAAGAUUGGCUUGCAGGAAUAUGCCGAUGGAGCCACUGGGUGCAGCAAUCCAGUGAACGCCGUAUUGGAAGAAGCCAAGGCUAUCUGGAGAGACGCGCCAUCGAGAAUUCAGUGCCUACUUAGCAUUGGAACCGGUGCCCCAAACCUCGAUGGGUUCGACAGCAAUAUCAAAGAGGUGGUUGAAACCCUCAAGACCAUCUCUACCGAAACUGAGGACACGGAUAAGCAGUUCUUCAGGGAUAGUGCAAGCCUUGGCGUUGGUGGUCGGUACUUCCGCUUCAAUGUCAACAGCGGUCUUGAAAAAGCCGCUCUAGAUGAGCAUGACGUGGAAAGCAUAGGCCGCAUCAUGGUAGCAUCCAAGGCGUACCUGCUCGAGCGAAAAGUCCAUAAGAUGGUCGAGGACUUUAGCAGUGCUACGUCACCGCAGCACAAUUCCGGCUUCCACCGUAUGCCAUAUUUCAAGAAUCACUACGCUUUAGAGAAAGCAUACAUCGACGCGGACAAAUUGUCAGAAAGUUUGAAUAGGAUGCUGGGCGAGACAGACUGGUCUCACUUGGACAUGGUCGGAGACGAGCACCUGAUAUAUACCGACUAUGAGCUCAGCUCUGAGCAGCUGAUGCUGCUCGCGAACAAGAGCAAGCACUACUACUCCUUUCGCGAGGAGAACAAAAGAAUCAGAGAUAUUGCGGAAAGGUCGGCGCCUACAGAUCUUUCCAAGAAACCGAAUGGCGUGGAAUCGGACCAAAACCCACUGUCAGUGUCAACUUCGAAGAACACGGAGUCAGGAUUAUCCCUCAGCAAACAAAUUGACGAACCUGGAGCGCAUACAUCCGUUCAACAUGAACACGACUCUAUUUUGCAGGAAAUACCUGCGGCAACUGCUGCCAAUGGUUUCACAACCCCCAAAAGCAUGGGUUUGGACAUUAAUUUUCGCUUCGUAUACGAGCCUGAGUUAUCGAUGGAGUCGAAAGGCAAGCAAUUAAAAGGCCUCUGUUCGCUCCAGGUUGAUGUUGGUGAGACUGCAUCAGUCUUUGAAGUCUCAGCAACCGUGGAUUCCGAGAGCGAUCCACAACAAGGUUACAAGGGCGACGCGGUUCACAAGCUUGCCAUCAAGCGUCUCAAAGAGUCGACAUCCUUGGACGUGUUCGUCUCGGAAUACAAGGCCCUCUGGCGGGCCAACAAGCUGGAUCACCCAAAUAUCGUGGAGACGCUAUCUGUCUUCCAGUACGAGGAGAACGGACUGCAGUACUUCAACUUCGCGUUUCCCCUUGCUUUGGGCAACCUCAAACGUCUAUUUCGGGGCGACUACGAUGCAGACCAGUCUGUUCUACAAGCUCGUGGAUCUCUCUGGCAUCAAUACGCACCUCUGACGAGUGCGGUGGCUUACCUUCAUGACUCAACGAAUACGGCACACAGGGACAUCAAACCAUCUAACAUUCUGAUGUAUCUGUCAAAGGUGCCUGGAGAACUGAUCCUGAAGAUAACAGAUUUCGGUCUCGCGGUGGACUUGACGAAGGCCAUAUCCUGGGAACAUGGGACGCUGGCAGCCCAGUCCGCCCAGACCUAUGACUCCCCUGAAAUGCCCAAGGGGGACAGUAAAGGGAUCCCUUCCGCUAAAGAACUGCUAUCAAACGAUAUCUGGAAGCUCGGCUGUGUGUUCACCGAGAUGACCGCAUUUCUGACCUCCGGCUCUCGCGGCAUUGUGGAUUUUCGAAAUCAUAUCACCACAACAGAGGGCAAGAUUCGCUCGGACUGCUUUAACGACACCAUGGUCGACGAUGGCGAGAAGGUAAAGUCUGAAGUGCUUGAGUGGAUGGACAACAUACCCGCUAGUGCAGUCGCAGGAUUACGGGCGAGCCAGCUGAACCCGAUCCUUAAGAAGAUGCUGGCGAAAUCCAUCGAACGGCCAAGUGCAAGUGAGGUGUUCUCAAGCUUGGCAAAGAUACCAUUUUCGGGCAUUGCCUAUGAUGACGGGAUGCGACUCAUUCGUUUUACUGAUGGAAAUGAGGUUGCAAGUCUGAGCUACUUUGACCAAACCCGGUAUCGAUUUCAAGAGUGGUUCCGGGAGCCCAUUGACUGGGAUCCGCUCCCGCAGAUGCCGCCGGUCUGCUCUUCUGAAGAGGGUGUGGUCUCUUGGCGAUUUGAAAUGAGAAGACAGAAGGACCAUGUUACGCCCGUGAAGGACUGGGAUCUCCCUCCUCAAGGAGACGGAUGGCGACACAAUAUCAUAGAUCCUAUCGAAGAUCGGAUGAGAAUACUCAGCGAAGAAAUCGUGUACGGGCUUAAAUACCCUAACAUCGAUUACGACGAAGAUCGGGAUCUGAUCGUCAGCAAAUUGCCGAUGAAGCAGCAACCACCGGGUUUGGCGAGGACCUUUGGGAGUCAGGGCUGGGGUCUUCUUGUAACCAUGGGGUUCUCAUACUGGGGGUUUUUGCGAUGGGCUCUCGGAUGCCUAGUUCUCACUAUCAUAUCCGCAGCAGUGUGGUUUCGUUUUGUGGAUAACACAUCCAAAACUGCCGCCCUGCCGCACUAUUCUACUCCUUUCUCACUUCUGCAAUGGCUGUUGCUCAAAAGAGCGAGGAUACAUGGCAUCACAAACGCCCGGCAAAGUCUGACCGACAAAGUCUGGCAUCCACAAAUCCUCCGGUAG